UUUAUAACCUUAAUAAUUUGAUGGAAAUUGCAAUCUAUUUAGCACUAAUACUUUGAAGCGUUCAAAUGGUUAAUUAUAGAUGGUUAAUUAUAUUUAAGUUGGGCUUAUAUAUGUAAAAUAAAUUAGGCCAAAAUUACAGGAUAUAUCAUUGCCCAAUUUAUUAUAUUUAAUAAAUAAAUAAAAACAACAAUUUUAAAAUAUAUCAAUUAUUUAUUAUAUUUUAUGCAUUAUGUAUUAUACACAUAAUCGUAUCGUUUAAUCAAUCAAAAUAGAUAUCAGUAUUUGUAAUACAGAAAUGGUAUUUUUGUUUUUCUUUACAAUCUAUUUAAAAGCCAAACAUAGAAGACAACAAACUCAAUAAAAUAAUAGAUUUUAUAAAUAAUGUAUUAGCUAAUUACUUAAGUCUAUCAGAAAACGGUAUGUUACUUUGAAAUAUUUAAGUCUAAUACAAUUAAUAUAUUAAAAUAACUAAAAUAUAAGAAUUAAGAAAAAAAGCUAUAACUAGGCAAAUCUAACUGUUUUGAAGCAAACAUCUAUUUCAAACUAGGUCCUAUACGGGCUGUAACCGGGCAAACCUAACUGUGAGUUUUGGGGAAAAAGUUGUAAAUUUAAACCAGGCCCAAUUCAGGCAAGCCCAAGUUCAAAUAUCCUAAAUAUGUCCUGAAUAGGUUUCAGUCUGAAAAGCCUUUAUUUUGGAUGCCUAAGUAUAUAACGCCCCUAUGGCCCAAUAUUAAAUAGGGCAUGCUUAAAUGAAUUUCCACACGGGUUACUCAAUAAAGCCUUCGGCACACGAUACGAUUCGGCUCACUCACUCUCAUAUAGCUGUCGCUUCGUGCACAUAGCACGGAACGCAACCAAAAAAUUGUGGACAUAGCGCGGAAGAGACCCAAAAAGUCGUGCACAUUAUUUAUGAAAAGAUAUAUUUCAGAUUACGCAUAUAUUAAUUAUUUCAACAAUCUACAAAUAAACAGUUAAACAAAAGUUUUAGAUGGAUAGUAUAGAUGGAAUAACCGAUAGUAAAUAAAAAAAAACCUAGACAUUAAUGAAUAACUUCAACUAACUUCAGACAGGUAGACAUUAUUGUCCUCGUGUAUAUUUAGCAUGUCUUUCGCCUUUAGAAAAAAUACAUUUUUUUCUUUCCUUAUGCGCAUUUGAAUAUUUGAAAUUGAUUAAACAUCUCCAAGGAAGCGAAAGAAAAUGGCGGUAAAAGCCUCCAACAAUUGCGCUCGUGUCAUUGAUUAACAACUUAGUUCGGCAAUUUUGCUACUCAGCACGCUCGCACAGAGAUGAUGAAAGCCGGCAGCUUUGAAUCGCCGCAACGAAUGUCCUCCAGAAUUCCCAGUGUCACCUCGUCCAAGAUAAAGCUCAGUGCCUUCGGACGAACCCGUAGGGCAGGAUGCGAGCGAAACGUCGCUUCGGCGCUUCUUCAACAACGACAGGCCCUGCGGAUCGUUCACGAGAACGUGGACGUUACACCGAAGCCGUUAGUCCACUCGGCCUUCAGCACCAUCGAUGAGAAUCAGAUGACCGCCCUGGAAAGCAUCGGAUUAGGCCAGACUGGAAGUAGUUCCCAACUCAUGAUAUCGCCCUCGAGAAUCAGUGGUCUCACUGGUCUCAGUUCCUCUGUCCUUCUCAAGUCCCUCUCCGAGGAGCUGCAGAUGGAGAGUCUGUUGUCGAUGCAGGUUUGCGAAUCUUUGCCUAUGGAGGAGGACGAGGAUGUCGCGCCGUCACCAUUUUUUCUACCUAGCGACGACCCAGCAAUAUUUGCAACACGUCCGGAAAUUGUGACAAUCACCUUGAGGGAGACGCAAACGUUUUUUGUAUUCGAGAUGCCACAAAUGACCGAGGAUCUACAAACUCCCGAGGGACAGGCGGUCGUACAGGAGAACGAGAAUUAUGAGUAUGUGACAGUAGGACCAGGCUCCAAAGUACGAAAGCUGUUAAACGUCGAGACGCAGACAGUGCGCGUGUUGACGAAAUCACGCGGCAGCUAUUGCGGCCUAAGGCCCCGCAAGAAUCAGGGGAUGUUUGUAAACAACUGGGUGAUUCAUGACACUUAUGCUGCACCGGAACUGAUGGUAGAGAGGAACGGACGUAUGAUCGUACACACAAAGGAAUCGAUGCAGCGGAUGCGAGAGACGCAAGAACUACGAUACAAGCUUCCCGAGCUUGAAACGGUCGCCGAUCAGAGUACCGAGGAGCAGCUGUCUCGUAUCUAUCGGGAAACAAAGUUCUUGGAUGCGGCGCGCGUGAUGGAGCGUAUAAUCGCGAACAAUGUCUUCGCGGAGGCGCAGAAGCGUUUCACCGGAUUAACCAAGCGUGAUCCGUGCGCCCUGGAUCUGGAAUUCGAUUAUCACCUUGAUCUGCUGUGGACAUUCGCAUGCGAGAUGGUGCAUAAUCGUCCCGUGGCCGCAUUUCGUUGGAGUCCAGCCAAUGCGAGCAUUCUCGCGGUCGCCUAUGGCACCAAAAGCGGGUCCAGCAGGACGGACGGAGUGCUAUUGAUCUGGUGCGCCAAGAAUCCCAGCCAACCCGCUCGCGAGUACAUUUUUGAUAGUCCACUGUCUGAUAUCGAUUGGAGCAAGGAAAGGCCGAAUCUUCUAGCGAUCGGCUUUUACGAUGGAAAUGUGAAAGUUAUCGAUAUCAGCGCGAAUAAUUUGAACAUUAUUAGGCAGAGUCAUAGGGAGACAUCAGCAGGUUGCUCACCACAUUGGCAAGUUCAAUGGUGGAGCGGCGACGAGCAGUUUGACUACCAAGAGCAGAUCUACACUAGCGAUCAAGACGGCCGGAUAUACUGUUAUCGUUUGGGCGAGGAUUUUUUCGCCACAGAGAUUAUGUGUCUCUAUCGAGUCGAGGGUAAGCUGGAUGGGAUAUCGAGAACCGAUCACUGUGUGGCUUACGACGUGCCUAUCAGUCGCCAACCAGGCGCUCUCGUUCUCCGAAGACAUCCUGUCCUCAGCAACGUCUACUUCGUUGGCUCCGACGAAGGUUGCGUUUAUCGAUGCUCCACGAAUUACUUACGUCAACACGUGGAGAGUUUUCUGGCACACGACGGCCCGAUCUACUCAUUUGAGUUCUCGCCCUUUUGCAAAAAGUUAUUUUUGACCUGUGGUGCCGACUGGUGCAUCAGGAUCUGGGCCGAGGGUCUCUCCGAUCCGCUUAUCACCCUGUCGACGGCGAUGGCAUGCGUGAGGAGCGCUUGUUGGAGCCCCACGUGUUCCACUAUCAUCGCCAGCGUUGUAAACGACCAGAUCUGCGUGUGGGACAUUCGUAGGAAGACACACACACCGACAUCCGUGACUGUUCCGACGAGCGGAGCGAGACUGGUGACUGCUGCUUUUACAGCAAAUGGGAAUCAGCUGGUGAUCGCUGAUGUCGAGGGCGUCGUUUACAUGUACAAUCUCGAAGGCAUGCCAUUUCCGCCCUACGAUCAAACAAAAGUAUUGAUCGAGUCUGUCCGCAAGGCACUGACAACCAAACCGGAACUGUUGAGGAAGCUGAAGAAACUCGGUUCGCCAUUCUGAUCAUUCGGUUUCUGAUAGGGUAAGUACCAAGAGAUUCAAAUUGUUUUAAAGCAAAAAUUUAUUUAUAUUUUUGUAAAGACUUUUUCUACUUAAAUUAGAAUAUUACUUAAAAAGAUCGCGCGUAAAUUGUGAAAUAAAUUCUUUGAGAGUAUGCAAAUAUAUUCCAUCGAGCUUUUAAUUUGAUGGAAGAAACGAUAAGAGCGUAACCAUAAACCCUCAAACAAAAUGAAAAAUAAUUGCACAAUAAUAAAUGAAAUUAAGACCGAUGAAAUGAAUAACAUUAAGGUGAAAAUAAUGGACUGCUCCUAAAAGAUGAGAAGAUAUUUCAAUUACUGUAUAUAGACUUCUAUCACAGACUAAUAGAUACAUUAAUCUGUGCUUCUACCUGGGUUGCUUUAUUAUCGACUGCAGUCGAUAGAUCCUCUCGACACGUGGGGACCCCUCUCGAUCUCAGUCUGCCGGUCGCAGCAUCGCAGACUUCAUUGUGACAAGAGAGAAAGAAAAGGAGAGAACGAAAGAAAGAGGUAGAGAGAGGGAACAAGCCGAGCGCUUGGAUUCGCCGCGGGGUCUCCGCCGGCGGGGCCCGAGACCGAGAACGGGGCCCAAGCCUGAAGCCUUCCGGUGUAUGCUGGAGAGGAGAGAGGGGUCAUCUCACCCUGCCCUGUUCUCCUCCGUGUUGCCGCUGCUCGUGGGCACGAACCGCAGCUACCGCCGUCAGCGGGCAGUCUCUUAUUACGCCCGCGCUCAACUCUACGCGAAUUCUAAGUUCUUCCUCUACUUAGGCCGCUUCACAAUGAUAACGCGAAUUGCCGAGGAUAUCAAGAAUCCGAAAGUCGCCCCGAAGUAACGGGCUUUAUUCGGAAUAAAGGGGAGCAAGGCAAAGUUUUGAAUCGUCUUCCGGAGUACAAUGUGAUUGUAAUCCGAGUUUAUUAAUUAGAAGACAGAAUCGCGCGAGUAUAAUGCUAAUGCUGAAUAACAAUGUGAAUUUUGACAUAGUGAGCUAUUUAUAGUUUUGAUAGAUAAAUAAAAACAUACUGAAAUCGA